AGGCGGAGCGGACCGGGAGCACCGCGGGCAGAGCCGCGCCGCGCAGAGUGAUGUCAUGCCCAGACCACCGUUGGGCUCCAUGAGGAUUUAUGGAAGAUGCCCCGUGUAUGGGCGCCUCUGGUGCUCCUUCUGCUGUGGCUGAUGAGGACGGCUGCCAGCCCACACGCCCUACGCAUUGCUGCCAUCCUGGAUGACCCCAUGGAGUGCAGCCGGGGGGAGAGGCUCUCCAUCACCCUGGCCAAGAACCGCAUCAACCGUGCGCCCGAGCGCCUGGGGAAGGCCAAGGUGGAGGUGGACAUCUUCGAGCUGCUGCGGGACAGCGAGUAUGAGACGGCGGAAACCAUGUGCCAGAUCCUUCCCAAAGGGGUGGUGGGCGUCCUGGGGCCUUCCUCCAGCCCGGCCUCCAGCUCAAUUAUCAGCAAUAUCUGCGGGGAGAAAGAGGUUCCUCACUUCAGAGUGGCACCAGAAGAGUUCCUGAAGCUGCAGCUCCAGCGCUUCACCACCCUCAACCUCCACCCCAGCAACACUGACAUCAGUGUGGCCGUGGCAGGAAUCCUCAACUUCUUUAACUGCACCACUGCCUGCCUCAUCUGUGCCAAAGCUGAAUGCCUUUUAAACCUAGAGAAGUUGCUUCGGCAGUUCCUCAUUUCCAAGGACACGCUCUCAGUCCGGAUGCUGGAUGACAGCCGGGACCCUACGCCUCUCCUCAAAGAGAUCAGAGACGACAAAACGGCCACCAUCAUUGUCCAUGCCAAUGCCUCCAUGUCCCACACCAUCCUGCAGAAGGCAGCCGAGCUGGGAAUGGCAUCUGCCUAUUACACAUAUAUCUUCACUAAUCUGGAGUUUUCACUCCAGCGCCUGGACAGCCAAUUGGACGACCGAGUCAACAUCCUGGGAUUUUCCAUUUUCAACCAGUCUCACGCCUUUUUCCAAGAGUUUGUCCAGAGCCUCAACCAGUCCUGGCAGGAGAACUGUGAUCAUGCUCCUUUUACUGGGCCAGCACUCUCCUCUGCCCUGCUGUUCGAUGCUGUGUACGCCGUGGUGAGCGCCGUGCAGGAGCUGAACCGCAGCCAGGAGAUCGGCGUGAAGCCGCUGUCCUGUGGCUCUGCCCAGAUCUGGCAGCAUGGCACCAGCCUGAUGAACUACCUGCGCAUGGUAGAAUUGGAAGGUCUCACCGGCCACAUCGAAUUCAACAGCAAAGGCCAGCGCUCCAACUAUGCCCUGAAAAUCCUGCAGCACACACACAGCGGCUUCCGGCAGAUCGGCCACUGGCAUGUUUCUGAAGGACUCAGCAUGGACAACAGGAUAUUCUCCUCCAACAUAUCUGACAGCCUGUUCAAUACCACACUCAUCGUCACCACCAUCCUGGAAAACCCUUACUUAAUGCUGAAGUGGAACCAUCAGGAGCUGGAAGGCAACGACCGCUACGAGGGCUUCUGCGUGGACAUGUUGAAGGAGCUGGCAGAGAUCCUACGCUUCAACUAUAAGAUCCACCUGGUUGGUGAUGGUGUCUAUGGAGUCCCUGAGGCAAACGGCACGUGGACAGGGAUGGUCGGGGAGCUGAUUGCUCGGAAAGCCGACCUGGCAGUGGCAGGGCUGACCAUCACCGCGGAGCGGGAGAAGGUGAUUGAUUUCUCUAAGCCAUUCAUGACUUUGGGAAUUAGCAUUCUCUACCGAGUUCAUAUGGGCCGCAAGCCUGGCUAUUUCUCCUUCCUGGACCCCUUUUCCCCCGGUGUGUGGCUCUUCAUGCUGCUCGCCUACCUGGCCGUCAGCUGCGUCCUCUUCUUGGUGGCUCGCUUGACGCCCUAUGAGUGGUACAGCCCUCACCCCUGCUCACAAGGCAGAUGCAACCUUCUCAUCAACCAGUACUCACUGGGCAACAGCCUGUGGUUUCCUGUCGGGGGGUUCAUGCAACAAGGCUCCACCAUCGCCCCCCAGGCGCUCUCCACGCGCUGCGUCAGUGGAGUCUGGUGGGCCUUCACCUUGAUCAUCAUCUCCUCCUACACGGCCAACCUGGCAGCCUUCCUCACCGUGCAGCGCAUGGACGUCCCCAUUGAGUCUGUGGAUGACCUGGCAGACCAGACCACCAUCGAGUAUGGCACCAUUCACGGCGGCUCCAGCAUGACCUUCUUCCAAAACUCCCGCUACCAGACGUACCAGCGGAUGUGGAACUACAUGUACUCCAAGCAGCCCAGUGUCUUUGUGAAGAGCACGGAGGAAGGGAUCGCGCGCGUGCUGAACUCCAAUUACGCCUUCCUGCUGGAGUCCACCAUGAACGAGUAUUAUCGUCAGCGCAAUUGCAACCUCACGCAGGUCGGGGGCCUUCUGGACACCAAGGGCUACGGGAUUGGCAUGCCCGUCGGCUCUGUGUUCCGCGAUGAGUUCGACCUGGCCAUCCUCCAGCUGCAGGAGAACAACCGGCUGGAAAUCCUGAAGCGAAAGUGGUGGGAAGGAGGCAAAUGUCCCAAGGAGGAGGACCACCGGGCCAAAGGCCUGGGAAUGGAGAACAUUGGUGGAAUCUUCGUGGUUCUCAUCUGUGGUUUAAUCGUAGCGAUUUUUAUGGCAAUGCUGGAAUUUUUGUGGAGCCUUCGGCACUCUGAGCAGUCAGAGGUGUCGGUGUGCCAAGAGAUGGUGACAGAGCUGCGCAACAUCAUCCUCUGCAAGGACAGUUUCCACCCCCGUCGGAGGCGAGGGGGGAUGAUACGGACUCGCCCCGCUAUCCCCGAGGAGCGCCGAGCCCGCAGCACGACCACGCUCAGCAAUGGGAAGCUGUGCAGCGGGGGAGAGCCAGACCCCCUGGCACAAAGACUGGCACAAGAAGCUGCCCUGGUCGCCCGAGGCUGCACACAUAUCCGCGUCUGCCCCGAGUGCCGCAGGUUCCAGGGGCUCCGGGCACGGCCGGCUCCGGGCUCACCCGCACAGAGCGAGGAGAGCUUGGAGUGGGAGAAGACCACCAACAGCAGCGAGCCCGAGUAACGCCGGGGCGGGGGGAGCCGGGGUGGGCCGAGAGGGUCCUGUUCCAUUUUACAGAACACGGACUUGUACAAUGUCAAACUUGUUUUUAAAUUAAAAGCAGUUACCCAGCUUCUCCAGAGCAAGGCAGAGCGCUGUCGGGCUGACGCACACGCCUGGCCGGAGGGUCGGCUUUGGAGAGGGUGCACCGGGAGUGGGGUCCUCAGAUGAGCUGCCCCCGUGCAGCUCCGAGGUGGGAAGGAGGGACACGGUGGGGAUCGGGGUAGCAGCAUCACCCACCCCCGUGGGGGGCGAGAGCUGAUCUCGGAGCUGCUCCAUCCCAGGCCAGGAGGAAGGAUGCUACGCUGUCUCCCCAUCACACAGACUCACAGGGGAUGAUCUCAGUGGGCGGGAGGGAGGGGAAUUUUUAUUUGGUACAGACGAGGGAUGGGAAGGGGAGAGUCGUUAUUUCGUUCUGUUUCAUUUCGGGGUACUUCAGGACUUAGUCUCCAAGGCACCGCGUGUCAGGUGCUGGAUUUCUUCCUUUCUAGAGUGGGGCACUGGGCUGAGAGAGGGAGGAAGGGGUGGGACACGCUGCCCCCGAGAAGCAGCACACGCUGACGGUCUGAAGAGUCGUUAACAUACAUAUAUAUGUAUAUAAAUAUAUAUAUAUACAUAGAUAUAUAUAUAUUAAAAUGCCAAAAAAAAAAAACCAACCAACACACACAGUGAUCUCAAAGAGGCCUUGAAACGCCUGGAAUUUCAGGGGUUCUGUGUCUUCUGUUCAGUUCUGGGGUUAUCUUUGCUUUUUUUUUUGCCCCUUUCUGUUUUUUUGGGGGGUUGUGGGUUGGGGAUCCCUUUGAGGAGGGUGAAAGGAGAGCAGGGAGCACAGGGGGACCCCCCCAGCUCCCCAUAUCGCUCCCAGCAGCGCCGCAAGAGCCAUCAGAGCGGGCUCUCAUGUGAGGAAACCCUGACUUCCCCAGCAGCAGCGGCAGCUCCGCGUGGUACCGACGUGGGUUCUACAGUGCCGAGUUCAAUUUUCUGAUUGAAAAAACAAAUUCUAUGCAAUUUCUGACUGUAAAAGGGAAGAGAGGAAAAUGGAGAGGGGCAGGGGAGAUAAAGCCUUGAGUGAAGGUACAUCCUGUUCUCGAAUUGUUUUCUUUUCUUUUUGUCUUGAAUGUACUGAAAUAAAAGAUGUCCUUGUAUAA